GGGCAAGAUGUUUGUAAUGCUAUUUAUACUCCUUCUGGUGAUCUUGUUCUCUUAUCUGCCUUCAUAUUCAUCUAAGAUAUCAAGAAGUAUUGGUGGUUAUUUCAUCCAUCUGACAGAUGAAGAGUUAAAUUUGAGACAACAGGUGAGAGACCUGAAAGCAGAGCAAGGAGCUGUCAGUAUGUCAGAUGAGUUUGCCAAGUAUAUGAAACUACAGAGGAAGAUUGACCGGUUGGUGGAUCAAGUGAAGAAAAUGGGCUCUUCAAGGUCACAGAAGAUUACAAUGUUCUCAAUGGGUGUGAAGAUUUUGAUCAAUGUUCUACAUGGUAUAGUAAUGAUAUCUGUGAUUAUUUACUACAAGAAUGAUCCACUAUACAUGUUACCUGAGGAGUGGUUUUAUCCUAUAAAUAGAUUAAUAUCAUUUCCUACUGGAGUUUCAGGAGGUAUAGGGGUAACUUGCUGGAUACUGGUGUGUAGCUCAGUUGUAUACAGACUCAAAAACUUCAUUAAUGUUCAACCCUCGGCACAGGAGCUGAAGGUGGACUCAUGAUACAGUGUAUCAGUUUAUAGGGACAGCAUUUUUAAGAUAUUUUAUCAUAGACCAUAAACAGCUGAUUAUUACUCAGAUGAUUUCAUAUGAAAAAAAAAUUCCCAUGUCAUGUAUUUGAGAGAUUGUCUUUUAACACAAAUUGUGGAGUAAUAUUGUGUUCCUAGAAAAAUGAGUGAGCUUUUCUCAGUUAUAGCCAGAGAAAUUUGUAGAUCUUUUUCAUCCCUUUUAUUCGAAUUUUGGGCAAUUUCUAAUUCAUGUAUUUUUUUAAAUACUAAAUGGCUUCUUUUGUGGUAUUAUGUGUGGAAUUGCUUUUUUGUUUUAAAAUAAACUUAUAGCCUUUGUAGUUGAUGGUAAAAAAGUUGGCUGUUUAUUUGAUUUUUUUUAUGCCCCCACAAUGUGGGAGCAUAUAGCGUUGCACUUGUCCGUCCGUCCGUCAGUCCGUCCGGCCCUUUGUUGAUUUUUUCACUAGAUACUAUGUAGAAAUUUUGUGAAAGCAACUCCUCUUAAACCGCAUGUUAGAUUUUGCUUAAACUUACAGGGAUGAACAACCUUAAUGUGUAGAUGGCAGUAAAGGAAGGAAUUUUUGCUGCGACCAAAUUUAACAGAAUUAUGGCCGUUUGUUGAUUUUUUCACUAGAUACUAUGUAGAAAUUUUGUGAACAAUACUCCUCUUAAACCGCAUGGCAGAUUUUGCUUAAACUUCCAGGGAUGAACAACCUUAAUGUGUAGAUGGUAGUAAAGGAAGGAAUUUUCGCUGCGACCAAAUUUAACAGAAUUAUGGCCCUUUGUUGAUUUUUUUACUAUAUACUAUGUAGAAAUUUUGUGAAAGCAACUCCUCUUAAACCGCAUGGCAGAUUUUGCUUAAACUAACAGGGAUGAACAACCUUAAGGUGAAGAUGGUAGUAAAGGAAUGAAUUUUCGCUGUGACCAAAUUUUACAGAAUUAUGGCCCUUUGUUGAUUUUUUCACUAUAUACUAUGUAGAAAUUUUGUGAAUGCAACUCCUCUUAAACUGGAUGGCAGAUUUUGCUUAAACUUCCAAGGAUGAACAACCUUAAUGUGUAGAUGGCAGUAAAGGAAGGAAUUUUUGCUGCAACCAAAUUUAACAGAAUUAUGGCCCUUUGUUGAUUUUUUCAUUAUAUACUAAGUAGAUGGUAGUAAAGGUAGGAAUUUUUGCUGCGACCAAAUUUAACAGAAUUAUGGCCCUUUGUUGAUUUUUAGUUUUCAACUUGUGGCACAUGUAGUCCAAAAAAUAUUUGACCUAGAGUCAUAAGAUUGACAGAACAGUGGCGUGUGGGGGCAUCCGUGUCCUAUGGACACAUUUCUAGUUUUUACCUCAAGCCAUACUUGUAAGUUUGUCAGUAGAAUGGUUAUUAAAUGAUGUACUAGAGUUAAUUAAAAAAGGUCAUUACAAAACAAUGAAAUCCUUUCAUUAAGUAUGAUAUUUUUUAUCCAUUACUUUGAUUUAUUUUUUUCCUGGUAUCUAAUGACACAUGGUCAUUUUUAUGUGUUGUGUGUCAUUCUUCGAAUUUAUUUUAGUCAGGAUCAGAAGCAAGGUUCAUUUUAUGGUGCCAAAUAGCAUGACAUUACUUAAUAUUGCACAACAUUUUAUUUUUCUGUAUGAUUCUAAUUCUACAAUGUCUUAGACACAAGAUGAUAAGGAAGAUUAAGGUAAUCAACUGUUAUAUUUUUUAGACCAUUAGUUUUGUUAUAUACUAGAACUAUUAAAUAUAUUUUUUCUUGUGAUCAUAAGACAUAUUAUUCUGUUUUUACAAGGGUAUUUCAUCACAGUUUUAAUUGUCAAAAUUAUAUUAUAUGGUUAAAAGUUUGUUCAAAUAACAUACAAAUGUAUGCUUACAAAAUUUUGAUAUGGAAUAUUUAAAAAACACUCUGCCAGUGUAAUAUAUAUACAUGUUAAACAUUAUUAUUGGUGCCAGCUGUCAGGAAGUAGUAUUUAGCUAAGGUAAAAUAAGUUUGAAAUUUUGGAAUUUAUAGAAGUCUAAACUUCUGUUUCUCUCACUUUAGCAUGACUAUUCAAAGAGCAUUGCUAUUGUACUCACCCAGGUGUUGAGGCCACACUUUGGUUAAGUUUCUGUGUACAAGUUGGUAUCUCAAAAACUACCUAACAAAAUGGGUUGAAACUUUCACACACUUGUUUGAGAGCAAAAUAGGAGGUCACUAUCCAAACAUGGAUUUUGAUAAAGUUAUGGCCCUUUUUGAAACUUAGAAAAUUUCUACAUUACCCAGGCUCAUGUUUUACUAAAAAUAGUUUUCCACAUUAUCCAGUCUGAUAUUUACUAUCAAGCACUAAAAAUAGUUUAGCUUGCUGUCAUAUCGACAGCUGUUGUUAUGGUUUGUUAUUGUAAUUUUUUUGAUAAACAUUUCUCCAUAUUAUGCUGAAUAUUAAUUUUUAUUGCAGUGUAAUUUACAAUAAUCUUGACCAAUACAUAAGGGGCAUUUUUUGCAGGGUAUGAAGUUCUUUUGUUGAGUUCAGCUAAUUUUAUUGUUUUACCUAGGACCAAAUGUGUGUUCAGAUUCAUGCAUUUCUUUUUUAUUUCUUUUUUUUUAUUUUUUUUUUUGUAAUUAUUAAAUUUCUUUUUCAUUUUACAUUGUUAAACAAAAUAGGAUUGUUUGCAUCAAAGGAUUGUAUGAAUUUUAAUUAUUUGCUUUAUAAUAUCAAGGCACAGAAAUAAUACAAUAGUAUUGUAGAUUUCUGAAACUAUUUUACCUAAGAAUAACUUUUCAAAGCUUUUCCCAUUUUUGUGUCGCCUUGAAAAGGCGACAUAUAGGGAUUACUUUUGUUGACGGCGGCGUUGUUGGCGUCGGCGUCCCCUAAAGCUUGUCCAGAGCAUAACUCAGUCACUUUAAGUCGGAUUGACUUCAAACUUGGUAUGCAUGCUUCUUUCAAUAACACGAAGUGCAGUGCACAAGGACCGGUACUCUGCACUUCUUAAUUUUUGAGUUAUUUCCCUUUAUAAAUUUUCAUACUUUAAUUUUGUCCGGGCCAUUUCUCCUAAUGUAUAACAGCUAUGGACUUGAAACUUCAUACGCUGAUAGAUCUCAUUAAAAAGAAGUGCAGUGCACAAGAAUCGGUACUCUGCACUUCCUGAUUUUUGAGUUAUUUCCCUUUGUUAAUUUUCAUACUUUAUUUUUGUCCGGGCCAUUUCUCCUAAUGUAUAACAGCUAUGUACUUGAAAUAGGAUGAUAGAUCUCAUUAAGAAGAAGUGUAGUGCACAAGAACCGGUACCCUGCAUUUCUUAUUUUUUAGAGUUAUUGCCCUUUGUUAAUUUUCUUACUUUAUUUUUGUCCAGGCCAUUUCUCCUCAAGUAUGAAAGCUAUAGACAUGAAACUUCAUAGGAUGAUAUAUCUCAUUAAGAAAAAGUGCAGUGUACAAGAACUGGUACUCUGCAUUUCUUAUUUUCGAGUUAUUACCCUUUAUAUAUUUUCAUAUUUUACUUUUGUCCAGGCCAUUUCUCAUAAAUUAUAAAAGAUAUGGACUUGAAACUUCAUAGAAUGAUAGAUCUUAUUGAUAAGAAGUGCAGUGCAUAGAACUGCUGCUCUGCACUUAUUAUUUUUUGAGCUAUUGCCCCUCGUUAGUUUUCUUAUUUCGUUUUUGUCCUGGCCAUUUCUCCUAAACUAUAUUGUUCACAAGGCGAAACACAUCCGACUCGCGGAGUUCUACUUAGUUUAGCUGUUUCGCUAUUUUGAAGAAUAUAAGGGCUGUUCUAGUAGCAUUUUGGAUUUUCUUAUUUAUUUUUUUUGUAAUAUAGGUAAUCUCCUGAAACUUCAUGCAUGUCUUUUGGACCAUAAUUAUUGCCACUGUUCAAAAAUUAAAAUUAUAGCUUGAAAUUACCUGAAUAAAUCCCUUUGUGAACAUUGAAAAUUUCUGUUACUGUAAGGUUUUGCAUGAAUGUUUUAUGUCAUAAAGUUCUGAAAGUGUUCUAUACAUGAAACCUUACUGACGAGUUUUGGGUCAUGUUAAAUGUAAGGAUCUGUCAGACUCACAAUAUGAUGUUGGAUUAGGUAGAUAUACAUAUAUUAAUUAUGGAAUGUUUUCAUUUUAUUUUAUAAAUAUUUUGUUAAUCCAAUUUUUUUUGUUUAUAUGAUCUCCAAGGACCAUUGUCAGAAAAUUGUUGUGAUUUAUUAUUAUAUUGUGUUUUUCUGUACAUAGCUUUGUUUUAAUGUAAAUAUGACAGCUUUAGUUUUUGUGUUAUUCUUUUUUCUGUAAGCUAGUUAACAAAAGGUCAUUUGUUUUGCACAGGUGCCCAAUUAUGUCUGAAACAGUGUAUGAAGGGGAGGACACCUGAGAUCUUCCUCCAUCAGAAAAGUUUGGAAGUCAUCAAAUGACAAUGUACAGUAUAAUUGUGACUUGAAAUACAACAAAACAAUCACCUUUGUUCCUAUUAGUAGAAGGAACACAUUAUAUUGGACCUCUCCAGUUUUUAGCAGUGAAAAAUUAAGCCCUGCCUUUUCUGUUCAAUGCUAGGUCAAUUGGUCACAAACAGCAUCACAAACAAAAUCAUGUGUUCUUUUGUGUAAACCAUGUCAGGCAGUGAUAAUGUAUUAUCCCUGAGGUAAACCAGGUCAGGCAGUGAUAAUGUAUUAUCUCGGAGUAACAAUAGGAUAGCCAUUCAGUGAAUUUGCAUAGAACUAUAAACAUUGGAAAGGUACAUCCGAAUGGACAUCUUAAAACACUAAGCCUUCAAUACUUGGAUCUUUGUCAGAGUGCACAUAAAUGCAUAGCCUGGGAUUCAGGCGUUGAUAUUUUUUGCUUAUUCAUAACAUAUGCUCUAUUUCAUACACGUUCAUGAUUUUGAUAAUAUCAAUGUCGAACAGAAGCACAUAUAAAAAUCAACAGACUGGAACCCAGGCUAAGAAAUGCAGACUGACCUGGCUUUAAACUGGUUGCAAAGGCUAAUCACCUUUGGUUCUAGCAGAAUAAGGGUUAAUAAAACAGUUUUUAUUGAAUAGGUUUAAAUACUAUAGAACUAUUAAUUGCUUUAUUGGAUCAUAGACAUAGAUUUGUUAUUUGCAAUUAAACAGUAUAAUAUUAUCUAAACUAACAGCUGUAUGUAUUAUAGAAUGUUAUAUGCUUGUAGUUCAAUAUUUAUUUGUCCUAUUGCCAUGCCAGAUUGUAUCAUAAAAAAAGUGCAAUAAAAUAUUACAAUGA